AUGCCUCCCGUUCCUCUCCAGCGAAGACCUCUGUCCUAUGAAGACCCGUUGCUCUCAGACGACGAUGUCGGCCUCCUCUACCAAGUCAUCACUCGCGCCGAGCGCGAUCCAGAAGUCGAGCGCCUCCCGUACAGAGUACUCUUCAAUGCUUACGAUCAGGUCAUUGCAGAACAUGGCGUGGACGCGGAUCCGGGCUACGCCUGCAUGCGGUUCUUGCUCAAGAUGGGGAGCAAGGACAUCGCGGGGGAGUCGCUCUUCGAGAAAUUCGAAAGCUUGCUAGAACGGAUGGGAAUCGUGAUUGAAAUCGGGGACGAUGAUGGGCAGGAGGACACAUACGUUGACACUGUGCCUUCGGUUGAGAGCCGGGUUAGGAAAAGGAGACACGACGCUACCGGGGAUUCUACUGAACCGACAUACUCCGAAAUGCAAACGCCUCUGCGGAGACGCGCCUCGUUCAAUUCCAUGUACGACGUCGGUGACGAUCCCACUCAACGGAGCUUCAUUAACCGACCGAGCUCACGGUCCUCGAUGUCGCGACUCCAAAUCGGCAAACCCGAGUAUCCCUUUCCGGAAUCCACCCCACAUACAAAGCGCGCGAUCACCUCCAAGGGCACCGACUCUCCAGACAGAACACAAUUGAUUGCCCAAUUCCUUGAUGUGGGUCGUCGGCUCAUGAAUCGGUUUGAUCUCCUGGCUGCAGCGCAAUCAGGGUCGGCACCGGAGGAGAAGCCCAUGCCAAAUGGCUUGUAUGCUCGUGCUGCUGUUGAUAGAGACCGCUCCGAGAGAAUAGCCGAGGCAUCGCGUUCGCAACCAUCAAAGUCUCCGAGCAGCUCCGAUGAUGGUGAGGAUCGGUUUUCUUCUUCUCAAGAUGAGGCUAGCGGCUCCUUUGGGCGACCCGAAGCCCCUCCAGAACUACUUUAUCGGCCAUCACUUUCAGACCUGCUGCGUGACGCCUCGACUUUUAAUAUGUAUCGCCAACGAGCGAUUCACCGCCGGAUACUGACCCAGUGGCUAAAGCAGGCUGUGGAAAGAAGACAGACCCAUCAGCAUAUGGAGGUUGUCGCUUCCAACCGAGACAGAGGCACAUUGUUGCGCCAAGCUUUUGAGACAUGGCAUGGGAGAAUCCUCGAAAAGCGUCGGGCGGAACGAACACAAAGGUUCUUCAAUCAUCUUGAGGAGCGCGCGGGACGGGCUCGGGAUCUCUACUUGUUGACGAAAGCAUUCUCUCACUGGGCGCAAGUUACCUCGGAGGAGGUUGCAAGAACAUCCGCUGCUCGCCGACAUAUUCUCGGUGUCAAAUACUUCAACGCUUGGCGAGAAAUCACCGCCGUGAACGAACUGAAAGCUCAACGCUUUGCCUUGCGGCGACCCUUCAAUGCCUGGAGGAAAAGGACGAGACAGCUCAGGCAGGCGGAGGCGGAAGCGGCGGCCAUGCAUGACGAGAGGUUGACAAAUGCUGCUUACUGGCAAUGGUUCUGGCACUUCUGCGAGCAGCGUGCCCCUCAGUGGUAUGACCAUUGUCUCAAGAGACGGUCUUUGCUGUAUUGGCUGCGCAAGUUUCGAACAAAUAGGGAGCAGAUCCAUGAUAUUGAAGUCAGAAGUAGGCACAAUUUCCUCACAUCAGCUUGGCAAACCUGGCGUCACAGGAUUGAAGACGUAAAUGUUAUUGAAGAGGAAGCGUCUUCGAUACAAAGACGUCAGCUUCUAGGUGAGACCUUCAGAGAAUGGAAGGCUCAGACUCAUCUAGCGCCGGUCGCUGCCCAUGUCUCACACAUGGUGGACAACAGAAUUCUCCGAUCAACGUAUCAACAAUGGAUUCACAGGGUUCAGAUGUUACAGCAGGCAAGGGAAAUGGAUCGACACCGCAUUGUACGUAAUGCCUGGACAGCGUGGAAUGAUCUGCUUCGUUGCCAGGCUCUUCACGCCCGCAUUGAGGAACGCCUGAAGCUGGAAGCUAUGUAUAAGUGGAUUCUGGCCGAACGAUUUCGAUUGAUGCAGCGGAUCCGGGAACAACGAAUCAAGCAUGAAACCUUCUCCAAGUUUGUGACAAAUGUGCGCGGAACGUACUCAGUACUUCUCGAUCGUGCAGAAGCCUAUGAACGACGGCAAACCAAAGAUUUACUACGUUCUAAGCUCCUGUGUUGGCGGAAUCAACUUGCCGUACAACAUGAACGAGACAACAUUGCGUUUGAGUUCUAUGCACCGCGUCUCGCUCAGGAAUCGCUCGUGGCCUGGCGCUCAAAGCUUCAGCAUGUGACGAAGAUCGAGGAAUGGGCACAAAAAGCCAGGUUUUACUUCCUAGCCAUUAAGUAUACCAAACAGUGGCGUGCCGCUGCGACAGAAUCAGCCAAACGGCGUCGCCAGGAAGCCUACAUCAAGACCCGGAGAAAGCACAAAAUCAAGCUCGCGACUAAUGCUCUUCUGCACUGGUUAUCGAAAGCUCGCACUGUGGCUGAUUUAGAGCAUCAAGCUAUACAGUUUUCGCGACAGAAAGUAUUGGUUAUCGCAGCUGAGCUUCUGGGCCGAUGGCAAGAUAGGACAAUCACUCGGAUACAAGAGUGUGGUUAUGCUGAUAAUCAUUACGCUCGUCAGAACGUGCAAGAGCAACUGACUCGCUGGGCUGAGAAUCUGGCCGAGGUUCGUCGCCAGGAGGAACAAGCCAACAGUAUACACCAUUUUCAUGCUUUAUCACAGGCCAGCUCACAGCUUCGCAAGCUGAGCUUCCGCAUCUUCCAAGUCAGGCGCUUCUCUGAAAUGGCCGACGCGAUGAAGGAGCGCAACCUCAGAAAACAUACACGUGGCAUGUUUCGCAACUGGCUUGACCAAGCAAGAGCGAAACUGGAAGCGCGAGAUACCGCAGGGCCAUUGCUUAGUCCGCGGAGGAAUCUCGAUGCUCCCCUUGGACUCGAUACGAACCGACGCCUCUUCGAUCCCUACUAUCAGGUCGAGACUCCUUUCAAGACCUAUGUUACAGAGCCCCAGGCUACUUCAACAACACCUCUAGCGACCCCCAACUUCCUCACAUCGCCAACCAAGCGGGCGGCGCCGCCAGUGGCCCAGGGUUCUACCACCCCGGCUACGCCUUUGUAUACACCCUUUGCUAGCCGACUACUACGCGCGGGCGCCUUACCUCGAACAUUCUCUAGUCGACGUCGUGCGGGACGAGGUAGUGCGCUUGGCACAAGUGUUCGAUUCGUGGAUGAAGAGCCCGAGUCGCCAACGGACGGGCGGCGGUCGUCUGGUCGACGAACAUGA